AUGCAUGUGUCAGCAGCGACGCACUACUACGGUCUCUGGCCGCAACAACUGAACUCAGGAUACUUGCGUAAGCCAGUAUCACAGAUCUAA